AUCGGCUCCUGGGAAGCACCAAGUCUGCGAAGCCGCGACCCCGGAAACGACGACGGAAUUUCCUCCGAACUGCCCGCCUCUGACAUCUACUGCUCCAGCUUUGUACACGGGUCUUAAUAGGGAAAUAAUCCACUGAACAAGAGGAGAGUUGAUUUCUGACAAGCACUGUGUGACCAGAUAACUUCAAGCUGGGCAGAAACGACACAGACACAGACACGCACACGGACAAUCAAGAUGGCUUCUCUCAAAUCGUGGUUUCCAAUCCCAAAGUCGAGCCAUUUUUCUCUGGCCAAUUUACCCUUCGGCAUUAUUUCGACAGCAUCCAAGCCCAGUCCACGUCCUGCUGUGGCCAUAGGGGAACACUGCUUAGACCUGCAGGAAUUUGCAGCUUCAGGGGCCUUCUCGUCGCUCGGAUUUGACGUCUCGUGUUUCUCCAAGUCGACCCUCAAUGACUUUGCGGCGUUAGGCAGACCGGUUCAUCGUUCCGUGAGGAAAUACCUCCAAGAUGUCUUUGUUGAGAACACAUCUCUUGCGAACGUCUUGCAAAGCAACAAACCCCUGCAAGAAAAGUGCCUGAUCCCCAAGGAGCAAGUCCAGAUGCACAUGCCAAUGCACAUUGGUGACUAUACGGACUUCUACGCUGGCAAGAACCAUGCCUUCAAUGUUGGUUGCCUUUUCCGAGGACCUGAUAACGCGCUGCAACCCAACUAUACGCAUUUGCCCGUGGGAUACCAUGGUCGAGCCUCGUCUGUGGUCAUUUCAGGUACUCCGAUUACAAGGCCCAAUGGCCAGAUCCUGGAGAACCCCGCCGCAACCCCCAAGAAGCCCAUCUUCACGCCCUGCCGGAGACUUGAUAUCGAACUGGAACUCGGCGCGUUCCUGUGCAAGGGUAACAAAAUGGGCACCAACAUCCCCAUCUCGGAGGCCGCAGACCAUAUCUUUGGAUUCGUGCUGCUCAAUGACUGGUCUGCCCGAGAUAUUCAAGCAUGGGAAUACGUUCCGUUGGGACCAUUCUUAGCUAAGAACUUUGGCUCCACCAUCAGCCCGUGGGUGGUGCUGACCGAUGCAUUGGAGCCGUUUCGAUGCAAGGGCAUCCCGAAUGAGACGGAUCUGCUACCAUAUCUACAAGAGAAGGAGGAGAAGAACGUGUAUGACAUUCGAUUGCAGGUUGAUAUCACACCCGAGACAGGAUCGACGACUACAAUCUUGAAUUCUAACGGCCGCAAUCUUCUCUUCUCGUUCCCGCAGAUGCUGGCUCAUCACUCGAUCGGCGGAUGCCCCAUGGCUGUUGGUGACCUUCUCGGAUCUGGCACAAUCAGCGGUACUGAGCCAGGCACGGAAGGAAGUAUGCUCGAAAUCACCAAGGGCGGGAAAGAAAGUAUCACGUUGAACGGGGGAGUGGAGCGGAAGUUCUUGGACGACGGAGAUACUAUUACAAUGUACGGUGUCUGCGGCACGGAGGAAUCUGGACUCGUGGGCUUCGGAGAGUGUUCGGGCAAGAUCCUGCCUGCUCCCAAGCUCUAAGCCGCAUAGCCGUGGCAUCUGGUAGUUCAGAAGGCAGAAUAGUAGCACUACAGUUAGACGCAGAUUAGGGGAGGAGAGGAGGAAAAAUCAAAGGACCUUGUAACCA